CUGGCGCAGUCGGGGUCGUGGGGCUGCUUCGACGAGUUCAACCGCAUCGAGCUGCCCGUGCUGUCCGUGGCCGCGCAGCAGAUCGCCAUCGUGCUCGCAGCCAAGAAGGAGCGCAAGACCAUGUUCAUCUUCACAGACGGCGACAACGUCUCGCUCAACCCGGAGUUCGGCCUGUUCAUCACCAUGAACCCGGGCUACGCGGGGCGCCAAGAGCUCCCUGAGAACUUGAAGGUCAACUUCCGCACCGUGGCCAUGAUGGUGCCCGACCGCAUGAUCAUCAUGCGAGUGAAGCUGGCCAGCUGCGGCUUCCUGGAGAACAUUCCUCUCUCGCGCAAGUUUUUCACGCUGUACAAGCUGUGCGAAGAACAGCUCAGCAAGCAGGUGCACUACGACUUUGGUCUGCGCAACAUCCUGUCCGUGCUGCGUACGCUGGGUGCGCAGAAAAGAGCGAAUCCCACCGAUUCGGAGGACACCACAGUGAUGCGAGUGCUGCGAGACAUGAACUUGUCCAAGCUGGUGGAUGAGGACGAACCCUUGUUUCUCUCACUGAUUGAGGACUUGUUCCCUGGCAUCAAGCUCACUACCUCCACGUACAAAGAACUGCAGCGCGGCAUCGCCAACGCCUGCGCCGAAUACGGUUACAUCAAUCAUCCCGGCUGGAAUCUGAAGGUAGUCCAGUUCUACGAAACAUCAUUGGUGCGGCACGGGCUGAUGGCGCUGGGGCCGACGGGCGCCGGCAAGACAUCGUGCAUCCACACGUUGAUGCGCGCCAUGACCGAGAUGGGGAAACCCCACAGUCACUAUUAUCCUUGCGUGAAACCCACGGAGAAUGUGUGGCUGGUGCUGGACGGGCCUGUGGACGCCGUCUGGAUCGAGAACUUGAAUUCCGUGCUUGACGACAACAAGACGUUGACGCUUGCCAAUGGUGAUCGCAUCACUAUGGCACCAAAUAGCAAACUGCUCUUUGAGCCGGACAACGUGGACAACGCGUCUCCGGCUACGGACGAAUUUUUGUUUGCUGAUAUGACGGAUAGCUGCAUUCUGCUGUCUUGGCAGGUGAGUCGUAUGGGCAUGGUGUUCAUCUCGGCUUCGUCGUUGCCCUGGCCACCCAUCUUGGAUGGCUGGCUCCUGACGAGGCCGGAUGCCGAAGGUGGAGUGAUGCGCAACCUAUUCCAUAAGAUCUACGGCGAUCUGCACGGCUUCGUUCAGGUCAAACUCAAAGCCAAAAUGAAAAUUCUUGAGAGCAUCUACAUACGUCAGGCGACGGACGUGAUGCAAGGACUGCUGCUGGACGGCACUGACGAGCACUCGGACCAGCACCUGGGGCGCCUUUUCCUCUUCACUCUCAUGUGGAGUCUGGGCGCAGUCCUCGAGUUAGAAGAUCGAGAUAAAAUGGAAGAGUUCGUCUUGGAGCACCCCUCCAAACUUGACUGGCCCAAAACCAGGCCUGGUGAGACAAUAUUUGAAUACAUGGUGGGGAGCAACGGCCAAUGGACUCAUUGGAACGAACAGGUUGAGGAGUAUAUCUAUCCAAGUGACACAGUGCCCGAUUACUCCAGCAUCUUGGUCCCCAACGUUGACAAUGUCCGCACAGGCUUCCUUAUCGACAACAUUGCCAAGCAGAGCAAGGCGGUAAGUUCAACGGAGCAGAAUUUAAAUUCACAGGUGCUGCUGAUCGGUGAGCAGGGCACGGCGAAGACAGUGAUGGUGAAGGGCUACACGUCCAAGUACAACCCCGAGGUGCAGAUUUUCAAGAGCUUUAACUUCUCGUCCGCGAGUACGCCCAACAUGUUCCAGCGUAUCAUCGAAAGUUACGUGGACAAGCGCGUAGGCACGACGUAUGGACCCCCCGGGAACCGUAAAAUGACCGUCUUUAUCGACGAUAUCAACAUGCCUGUCAUCAACGAGUGGGGAGAUCAGGUGACAAAUGAGAUAGUACGACAAUUGAUGGAGUAUGGUGGUUUCUAUUCUCUGGAUAAACCCGGCGACUAUUCCACCAUUGUUGACAUCCAGAUGCUGGCUGCCAUGAACCAUCCGGGAGGUGGACGAAACGACGUUCCGCCUCGACUCAAACGGCAGUUCAACAUCUUCAACUGCACGCUGCCCUCCAACGCGUCCAUGGACAAGAUCUUCUCUGUCAUCGCGGAGGGCUACUUCUGCUCGACGCGAUUCAAGCCGCAAAUCGUAGCGAUUGUCCCAAAGCUGAUUGUUUUGACGCGACGGAUGUGGCAGCUAACUAAAGCGAAGAUGUUGCCGACGCCAGCCAAGUUCCACUAUGUCUUCAACCUGCGCGAUUUGUCGCGCAUCUGGCAAGGCAUUCUGUACAUC